AUAUUCGGUGCUCCAAGUUUACUUUCAAGACACUCAUUUCAUACCGGCCCAACGAUCCGAGCUACAUGGGCUGGUGGACUUUUUGGCGAAUUGUGGUGGACUGUUGGGGCUGUUCAUCGGCGUAAGCCUAUUGAGCAUAGUAGAAGCAAUAUACUACAUCACCAUUCGUCCUUUAUCAUUACGAAAGCAAAAACCGAAUGAUAAAGAACAAACAGAGCUUUGCUAAUGGAACAUUUUAAUUCUUUAAAGUGCAUGGAAAACCAGCAAUCAAUUUAAACUCUUUUCGCUUACACACAGCACAAACUUGAUAGCAAUCCUUUAUAUCUCUUUGUAUGCAAAUUUUAAAUAAUCGUUAUUUUCAAAGUGUUGCACUCUCCGAACAACCGACAGCACAAGUGUAACUAGCACCAGAGUAAACCAAUUACUACCUCGAGGCUUAAUGCGACCAUGUAAAUGAGAUUGUCAGGCAUCAGGACAAUGUUGUAUAUAAUUCUUCGACAGUGCCAACCACUAGGACAUUUUUGUCCGCAACAGUUAGUUUCAUGCGAGGCAUCUGUUGGUACGAUUGUGUUUCCCUGUUUGUAGCGAUGUCCAGGCUCUGUGAACGUUUGCAGCAAUCCGUCAAGGAGGAAGUGUUCCGCGAGUACUGUGCUAAUAGUUCCAUCCACGGUGUACGUUACUUCGACCGCAAUGAGCGAACGGUUUGUGAAAGAUUCUGGUGGCUAGUGGUGUUUCUACUCUCGAUGUUGGGUUGUGGCGUGAUGAUACACAAGACGUACGUGAAAUGGAAUCAGGUUCCAAUUAUUGUUACUUUUUCCGAGAAAACUACCCCCGUUUGGGAUAUUCACUUCCCUGCUAUAACAAUCUGUCCCGAGACAAAGGUGUCCGCAGAAAAGCUUAACAUCACUGCCGAAAUGAACGCACUGACUGCAGCAGUUGAGCGUGGCAAUGGGUCAUCAGAAAGGGAAUCAGUUCCUCAACUAAAAGCUGUAUCUCAACUAUGCAACAUGUUGUUUCAAUUGGAAUACCACUGGCUACAUGAACUAAACGGGUCGGAGGACGAUUUAGUGGGUACAUUGAAAGACAUGUCCUUACGACGAGAUGAGACAGUCGUUAUGUGUCAGUACGGCAAUACGUACGACGCUUGUGAGGAUCGCUUAACGGAAACGGUCACUGAAGAGGGUAUAUGCUACACCUUCAACAUGAUGUCUGAAAGAGAAAUCUUUCGCAAAAGCUCUCUUCACAGCGACUACAAUUAUAUGGAGGGGUGGUUCAAUUCUAUGGAGCAUCAACCACUGGCCCCAGUAUACGCUCGUGGUGCAGGAUUGCACGAUGGACUUACGCCCUACCUGAGGCACAUGCAGGAGGAUACGGACUACCUAUGCACGGGAUUUUCGCAAGGAUAUAAACUAAUGAUUCAUGGUACGGAUGAGUACCCACAGGUGUCUAUGCGCAACAUGCGUAUACCAUUCAGUCACGAGAUCUCGAUCGCUCUGAAACCUCAAAUGAUGGUCACUUCACAAUCGGCCGCUGGCUUUAGUUGGGAGAAACGUCAAUGCUUUUUCAAUGACGAGCGACACCUUCGAUUCUUUAAGCUCUACAAUCAAGAUAACUGCGAACUGGAAUGUCUCUCCAACGUGACAAAAGCACUGUGUGGAUGUGUGCGCUUUUCAAUGCCUCGCUCGAACGACACAACGGUCUGCCCGCUGUCCAUGUGGCAGUGUAUGUACCGUGCGAAGUGGUUCUUACGUCCUAGUAACAAUUCAAGACUGCCACCAAAUGAAGAGUUUGAGAUCACAAAAAUAGUCAACAGCUGCAACUGUCUGCCAGCGUGCAGUUCGGUGUAUUACGAUGUGGAGACCACACAAACCUCGCUGGAUAUGGAAAAGUUUUUGCUUGCUACCAAUGAAUUAAUGGGCGAUGAUUCAGACAAAUUUUUCAUCACAACGAUAGCGAUCUACUUCAAGGAGUCGUACUUCAUCACCUCGAAGCGAUCGGAGCUGUACGGAUGGGUUGACUUUCUGGCAAACUGUGGUGGACUGUUAGGCUUGUUUAUGGGUGUAAGCAUUUUGAGUCUGUUAGAGAUUUGCUAUUUCAUUACGAUUCGUCCAUUUUCGUUAAGAAAAACUUUGUGGGAAAGGAGAAACAACAAUUCUGAUCUACUCACAACCAAUAACGUUCAACAUAGUAUACCUCCUGUUGUUACAAUUUCAGAAUAA